UUGAAAUCUCAAAACUAGAGGAUUCUCAGAGAAAGAAGAAGAAGCAAAGGAAAUGUCAGAUUUUCUCCCACUCGAACUUGUGUCUGAAAUCCUCGUAAGACUCCCUGUGAAGCCACUGGUGAGGUUCAGGUGCGUUUGCAAGGACUGGUUUUCCCUAAUCUCGAGCAACGACUUCAUCAACACCCACAUCAACGGAGCUCUUGAUGGAUUACUUUGUCUUGACCCGUUCGAUGAACGAGAGAAAGAACAGUCUUUUUCUAUAUGGAUCAUGAAAGGGUAUGGCGCUGGAGAAUCUUGGACUAAGCUUUUCGACAUUCAUAUCAGUGAAGGAUUAAGGAGGGUGGUAGCCUUCAGGAAAAGCUGUGAAGUUCUUGUUACUGACAGAAAUGGGGAUCUUCUUUCGUACGUACCGGAAAAUAUCAAACUAGUAACUCAGCUGGGAUUUCGUCAAUUUUCUUCCUCGGGACCUAAACACUUGGAGAGCUUGUUUUUGUGGGAUAAAUACUUGGAGAUCCUAAAUGCAAAAAAUGGAGUCUCGGGAGGGCUGGCAAACACUUCUGAUUCAAAUGCAACAAAAGGUUAAUGAGAGUGAUGAGUCUGAAGACUAUUUGGACAGAUGGGUGCUAUAAUGGAGUAUUCUCAUGACUAUUUGGACAAUUGUGUAUAUGGGUUUUUGGGCAAUACUGAGUAAAUGUUUGGGGUGCUUGGACAGACUUUUGUUUUUUCCUAGAAAAUCAAGCUUUUGUAGUUAAUCGCUUGUUAUCUAACAUAUUCUAUAUGGUUAUGUUUCCAGAACAUUAUGUAGCUUAUAAUUAUAUUUAGUAAUAUGGAGGUAGUUUCAAGCA